AUGUCGAGCCAGAAGAGGGUCAAUGUCCUCAUCUAUGCCGGCGCCGGUGCUUCCCUGUCAUCAGUCCGCCAUGCAACAUGGUCUCUGCGCAGGCUUCUUGGACCGCACUACUCCAUUCAGGCCAUCUCAGCCGACCAAAUCUUGAAGGAACCAUGGCCAAACACAUGUGCGCUUCUCGUCUUCCCAGGUGGAGCUGACACGGGCUACUGUCGUGCUCUGGACGGAGCUGGCAAUCGCCGCAUCAAGCAGUACGUGCGAAUGGGCGGCAAGUAUCUUGGCCUUUGCGCAGGAGGAUACUAUGGAUCGAGCAAAUGCGAGUUUGAGGUUGGGAAGAAAGGCAUGGAAGUUGUGGGAGACAGAGACUUGGCCUUCUUUCCUGGAACAUGCAGAGGACUCGCCUUUCCAGGAUUCGUCUACCAGAGCGAAGCGGGUGCACGAGCGGUGGAGCUGAGCAUCAGCGAGACUGCGUUUCCUCAUACAGUGCUUGAUGAUUUCAUCAGCUACUACAAUGGCGGUGGUGUGUUCGUCGACGCUGAGAAGUACGCAGAACAAGGAGUGGAAGUCUUGGCACAAUACCACGAAGAGCUCAACGUCGAAGGAGGAGAGGCGAAGGCCGCUGUAGUAUACUGCAAGGUUGGUGAAGGUGCAGCGAUUCUGACUGGUCCACACCCGGAAUUCGCCGGCAACAACCUCAACCGCACCGAAGAAUCCAACCCGAACUAUGCCUCGUUGGUUGACACUUUGCUCGCCGACGACGAGAAGCGAACAGAGUUUAUGAAAGCUUCGCUCAAGAGGUUGGGGCUCGAAGUGAGCGAGGACACUUUAGCGGUACCAUCCCUCUCUCGUUUGCACCUCUCUGCAGCACAGCCCGGCCAGAUUGAAGAGUUAUUGCAGUCGUGGCAGAAAGCUGGCCUCGUCAGCUCCGAGCACGACGGCGACUUCAUCGGAGGCGAGCAGGAUACUUUCAAGGUCGAAAAAGAUGAUAGCUGGAACAUGGCCAACAUGAAAGAUGCUCUGCCUUCGCCUGUGAAGAAAGCAGCAGACGUCUUGAUGGACGCUGUUUCAACGCCUUCGAAAGCCAAACCUAGGCCUUCAGCGACCACCCAAGAGAGUGAUCGGGCGCAGGCUGACCCAAGUCCUGACAGGCCUCUCGACUAUGACGCUCUCACGAAAGGCAUGACAUUGCACGUGAAGUCGCUACCCGAUCUGAAGGCUACGCCGCACUUCAGCCACCAUCAAUUCUUCCAUCACCUCAAAACAAUCCAGGCCAAGCAGCCGGGCAUCUCUGGCGACUUCGGUCGUAUAUUGAUGUACGGCGAAGUGGUCACGAGCACGCAGACUCUACUCGAGAAGAACACCACUCUACUAUCACACCUCCCCAUUGGCACAACCUGCACAGCAACCACCCAGAUCUCCGGUCGCGGUCGAGGAACAAACGUCUGGGUUUCGCCGCCAGGCACCUUGGUCUUCAGCACCGUCAUGAAACACAGCAUGUCGAACAAAGCAGCCCAAGUCGUCUUCGUGCAAUACAUCGCCGCUCUGGCCAUCGUAGCUGGCAUCCAGAACUACGGCUCAGGCUACGAGAAACUCCCCAUCAGACUCAAGUGGCCCAACGACAUUUACGCGCUGAAGCCCACCUCAGACCCCAGCAGAGAAGAAUACGUCAAGAUCGGCGGCAUCCUCGUCAACUCCUCCUACUCCGGCGGCGACUACACUCUCAUCGUCGGCAUCGGCCUCAACCUCGAUAACGCCGCUCCCACCACUUCCAUCAACCAGCUAGCCGCAAAACAAUCCCUCGAGCCCCUAACUCCCGAGCCCCUCCUCGCGUCCAUCCUCACGCAGUUCGAAAUGCUCUUCGCCAAAUUCUGCGUCAACGGAUUCGAUCAACGGUUUGAGAGCCAGUACUAUGAGAGUUGGCUUCAUACCGAUCAGCUGGUGACGCUGGAGAUGGAGGGAAAUGUAAAGGCGAGGAUCAAGGGGAUUACGAGUGAUUAUGGAUUACUGGUGGCGGAGGAGGAGGGGGGAGCGGGAAAGAGGUUUAUGUUGCAGAGUGAUGGUAAUAGUUUUGAUUUUUUUAGGGGCUUGGUAAGGGUUAAGGGGUAG